AUGCAACCGUCAACAGAGUCCACCGCUGCCAGUUCAAAAGUACGUCGUGAACCUCCCCAAUUUCGAUUUAUGUUCAGUUGGUUGCGAAUUAAAGGUUGCAGGAACAGUGGAGUCGCGCCCGACCCAACUGUGGGAGGUCGUGGUGGUGAUCUCUUGCCCGGUGUUAUUCGUUCUAUUCCUAUGCUGCUGUAUAGUGUGCAUGAUCAUCAAGAACUACGAUGGUCCCAGACUCCACCACCUCUCUAUUCGGACAUAGAAAAAGGCGUGAUCUUCGAUCCACUGCGCUCGCUGUCCAGCACAGCUCCGUCAUCACCUGCCAGCCCGGACCCACCUCCGCUGGCCAUUCAGUACCUCUAUCCUCCUCGAUAUGAGUCGCCAACCGUGUGCAUUCCGGUAGGCAAUGAGCCCACUCGUUUACCGCCAGCCGAACAGAACUGCCCAAGCAGUUGUGCGCUCUCUGCGUUACCACAACGACCCACCGUUACAGUAAUCGUCAUGGGCGGAUCGUUGUGA